AUGGUAGAUGAGAAAGGAAAGAACAUGAAAUGUCUCACCUUCUUCUUGAUGCUUCCAGAGACGGUCAAGAACAGGUCUAAGAAGAGCUCUAAGAAAGGAAAUAGCAGCAGCAGUAGCAACAGCAAAUUGCCUCCAGUUUGCUAUGAAAUCAUUACCUUGAAGACCAAAAAGAAGAAGAAGAUGGCUGCUGAUAUUUUUCCCCGAAAGAAACCAGCUACCACUAAUACAACUGCUGUCCAGCAGUACCAUCAGCAAAAUCUCAAUAACAACAACACUAUUCCUGCACCUAAUUGGCAAGGACUUUAUCCAACCAUCAGAGAGAGAAAUGCAGUGAUGUUCAACAAUGACUUGAUGGCAGAUGUUCAUUUUGUGGUCGGGCCACCAGGUGGGACCCAGCGGCUGCCAGGACACAAAUAUGUCCUGGCUGUUGGGAGCUCUGUAUUCCAUGCGAUGUUUUACGGAGAGCUGGCUGAGGACAAAGAUGAAAUCCGUAUACCAGAUGUUGAGCCUGCUGCUUUUCUUGCAAUGCUGAAGUACAUCUAUUGUGAUGAGAUCGAUUUGGCCGCAGACACCGUCCUGGCCACUCUUUAUGCUGCCAAGAAGUACAUUGUCCCUCAUCUGGCCCGCGCCUGCGUCAACUUCCUCGAGACAAGCCUGAGUGCAAAGAAUGCCUGCGUGCUGCUCUCCCAGAGCUGCUUGUUCGAGGAACCUGACCUGACCCAGCGCUGCUGGGAAGUGAUUGAUGCCCAAGCCGAGCUCGCUUUGAAGUCUGAGGGCUUCUGCGACAUUGAUUUUCAGACGCUUGAAAGCAUUCUCCGAAGGGAGACUCUGAAUGCCAAAGAAAUUGUUGUUUUUGAGGCAGCUCUGAACUGGGCUGAAGUGGAGUGCCAGCGACAAGAGCUGAUGGCCACCAUAGAGAACAAGCGCAAGGUGCUGGGCAAGGCUCUCUACCUGAUCCGCAUCCCUACCAUGGCUCUCGAUGACUUCGCCAACGGCGCCGCUCAGUCCGGGAUCCUGACCCUCAACGAAACCAACGACAUCUUUCUCUGGUACACGGCUGCCAAAAAGCCGGAGCUGCAGUUUGUCAGCAAACCCCGGAAAGGCCUCGUCCCUCAGCGCUGCCACCGCUUCCAGUCGUGCGCCUACCGCAGCAACCAGUGGCGCUACCGGGGCCGCUGUGACAGCAUCCAGUUUGCUGUCGAUAAGAGAGUGUUCAUUGCUGGCUUUGGGCUCUACGGCUCCAGCUGCGGCUCGGCAGAGUACAGUGCCAAGAUUGAACUGAAGCGACAAGGAGUUAUCCUGGGCCAGAACUUGAGUAAAUACUUCUCGGAUGGUUCUAGUAACACUUUUCCCGUCUGGUUUGAAUAUCCAGUGCAGAUCGAGCCUGACACUUUUUACACAGCAAGCGUGAUUCUGGAUGGUAAUGAACUCAGCUAUUUUGGACAAGAAGGAAUGACAGAAGUUCAGUGUGGGAAGGUGACUGUUCAGUUUCAGUGCUCCUCGGACAGUACAAAUGGCACAGGGGUACAGGGAGGACAAAUUCCUGAACUCAUAUUUUACGCUUGA